AAAUUCUACCAACCCAUAGCACAGGAAAAUGAUUGGAACUGACAGAUAUGUUUUAACCAUAAUUACAAGCACAGAACUUCAACUGACCAGUGUUGUUCAUCUGACACUUUUCUAUCAACAAAAUCCUAAAAAUAACUUUUUAUGACUCCUUCUGGUAGUGCACCCAACAGUUCCCACGUGGGGACAAAAAAAAGACUUAAACUCUGCCCUCUGCUGUCCUGCAGUAGAAUUAACCAUAUUUCUACAAGUAUUAGAUUCUGACAUGCUAGAAAUAAAACCUGAAAUGCAAAAGCACAGGAAAUGCAUAGACCGAGGCUACACUACUAUUCUUUAACCAAGUAUCUUAUUCUUAAAGCUUUGUGCAAAUCAUUAUGCAGUAAACAUACUGCAUGCACACUAAAUGUACAGUUGGGAAGCUGAAUAAAUAUAUAAAUAACACACCUCCUGUAUAAAACAGCUGCAAAGAAAGAUUUUGCCCAAAAAUGCAUAUUUUGAAUAUGAUAAAAUAUUUAUGCAAACUACUUGCAUAAAAAUGUAAAUAAAAAGUGUGUGAGAGAGAGAGAGAGAGCGAGAGAGAGAGAGAGAGAGUGAGUGAGAGAGAGUGUGUGUGUGUCAACAUCCUAUUUUUUCAAUUUUAUUAUUUAUUAUUAUUAUUGCCUGUAAGGAUCAAAAGAAAGCAUGACCACAGAUCAAAGUGAUAAGAAACUACCACAUUAUGCAGGCACUCACAAGGGACACCAUACCCUUCAUUAAAACUGACAUCACACAAGGAGGGAGGGAGAUUUUGGGUGCUGCUGGAGAAGCAAAUUUGGUAUAAAUAGCAGAAUCCACUCCUGUGAACAGGACUUCCACGGACUGACUGGAAACUUACAAAUAUACAGAUUUGGCCGGGAAAGCUGCCCGACCACCUCUGACUUCUGGAGCUCCAGCCUGCUGGCUUAGCUUCCGACAAUGGACCUCAGAGUAACAAGCAUUCUUCUUCUCCUUGUGGUACUGGCUGAGGCGACCCCUGAUAGAUACUAUCAUGUGAAGAAACAGCCUUAUCCUACAAAAACUCACACUGUUGCUGGUGAACCUGGCAUUCCAGGUUCCCCAGGUGAACCUGGCCCCCCCGGCCCACCUGGCCCUGCAGGAAUUCCUGGUAAGAGCAGCGUUGGACACCCAGGUCCGCCUGGUCCACCUGGACCAUCAGGUCCAGCAGGCUACUCCUCACCUGGUAAACCUGGAAGCCCAGGCUCACCUGGAAAACCAGGCGCACCUGGCAUUCCAGGCGAGAAGGGACAUACAGGGCCUGUAGGACCUCAAGGUGCAAGAGGAGCACCAGGAUCACCUGGAAGCCCUGGACCUGCUGGCAUUUCUUCUACUGGAAAGCCUGGACCACAUGGUCUUCCAGGAGCAAUUGGCCCACGUGGAGAACCUGGCCUAAAGGGUCAUCCUGGAAUUCCUGGACAGCCAGGUCUGAAAGGAGAACCUGGCCAUGGUAUUCCAGGAGCACCUGGUGGCACAGGUGCAAUGGGCCCUCAGGGGGCUCCUGGUCAGCCAGGUCAGCCUGGUAUUGGAAAACCUGGACCAAGUGGAUUUCCUGGUGAGCCUGGAAAGCCAGGGAUGCCAGGUAGGGAUGGGUCACCGGGUCCUAUGGGCAUACCAGGCCCCAAGGGUCACACAGGGGCACCUGGAGUAGGAGCACCAGGAAAACCAGGUCAAAAUGGUGCUCCAGGAAUGCCUGGGGGGGUGGGACAAAAAGGUCCUCAAGGACCAGCAGGACAGCCAGGCGCUCCAGGUCUGCCAGGUACUGGCAAACCUGGAUCACCUGGAAUCCCAGGAGAUCGGGGGGUGUCCGGAUCACCUGGUACAACAGGCCAAAAGGGAGAACCAGGGCCAAUGGGUCACACUGGUCAUACAGGUGCUAUUGGCCCAAUAGGUCCACCUGGUCCUCAGGGUGCUAGGGGAUUCCAGGGAGAAGCAGGUCCACAGGGAGCUAAAGGUGACAUUGGUCUGGUUGGAGCACCAGGUCCAAGAGGUGCAAAGGGUGAGCAAGGUGCACAAGGCUUCUCAGGAAAACCUGGCAUUCCAGGUGCAGGUGGUCCACCAGGUCCAAUGGGUCAUAUGGGACAUCAGGGUUCCAAGGGCGAACCAGGAUUUACUGGUGCACCAGGUAUCCCAGGUACCAAGGGGCCACCAGGAGAAAAGGGACAUCCAGGACUUCAAGGGCCACAAGGUGCAAGGGGUGAAGGUGGUAUCCCUGGAGCAAGAGGACCAACAGGCCCAAUUGGACCUGUUGGCCCACCAGGGCUAAAGGGUCACCCAGGACUUCCAGGCCCCCCUGGCCCAGCAGGGCUCACAGCCAAGGGAAUUUCUGGACCUCAGGGUCCUCCUGGUAUCCCUGGUGCCAGAGGUCAUGAUGGUCUCCCAGGUCCCCAAGGACCUCCUGGGCCUCCUGGAGCUCCAGGCGAGAUAAUUUAUCACCAUGAGAAAAGCAUGCCAAUAAAAUCACAUGAGAUGGUAAUGCCCGUUAGUCACGAUCUGAUGAAGGCACCAAUGUCAGCAUUCACAGCUCUUCUUACCACAGCAUAUCCUAAUGCUGGAACACCAAUUGUAUUCAACCAGGUUGUUUACAAUGGAGAGAACCACUAUGAUCCCAGUACUGGCAUAUUCACCUGUCAGAUUCCAGGACUUUACUACUUUUCUUUCCAUAUGCAUGUCAAUGGAGCAAAUGCAUUGGUAGCACUUUACAAAAACACAGAUCCAGUCCUGUUCUCUUAUGAUGAGUACAACAAAGGUUUCCUUGACCAGAUGUCUGGCAGCGCUGUCCUCAUGUUGAAUUCCCAAGACACAGUGUACAUCCAGGUUCCAGAUGACCAGUCCAAUGGCAUUUAUGCUGAUGAUAAUGUUCACUGUUCUUUCUCUGGCUUCUUGAUUGCCUCAACGUGAUAAACACACUCAAGAAAACCUCAAUCUUUCUACUUCAAAAAUGUUCUGCCUUUAUACUCAUUGCCCCAAGAGUCAUGCAAAAUGGAAGAGGACGACUAAUUCAGAAAACAUGUCUGUAGCUUGUUGAUUUACAUAAGAGCUAUUUGUACGGAAAUAUUUUGAUAAUCUCAAUUAUUAUGGAACACCAAAAAAAAUGAUCAAGAAUUUAAUGGACCUGCUGCAUUUGCCUAAAGCCUGAAGUGAUAGUUGUGUAUUAAAAUGGUGCUAUGUGUUUGCCUUUUUCCUGUGCUCGCAUUUUAACAAAAUGUCAGUAUGCUUAGAAGACACAGUCUGUUAGCACACAAUGGUCUUUUUGAAGACUUUAAGUGAGCCAGGUUUGAAAUAAAUGGAUUCCAAAGUGAAUAAUAAUAACUGUUUGUUCUGUUCUGUUUUGUUUUGUUUGUUCAUUUAACUCUGUAAUAUCUCACAAGGUGUGCAUUAUAAUAACCAACACAAAUAAAGUUUUAGUGCCAGUGCUGAUGUUUGUUUAUGACUGUAGCAAAAGGUUAAUGCUUUUUUUUAAAAACGGAAGUCCUCAGUACAUAGACCUUUAUGUUUUCAUUCUGACUUCAAACCUUAGGAUAACUAGCGAUAAACAUUCAAAUUGUUAUGUAGAUAGGUCAAAUACUAUGUUCUGUUUGAUAUACCUACUUAGAAUUUUACAGACAUUAUGUAAUAUCAGAAUUAAAUUAAAGAAUGAAUAAGAAAGAUAUAAGAGGG